GACUACGCGGCGGACUGCAACGAGCAGGGGAAGCAGCGCGACAACGGGCCUCCUUGGCCCCGCAUCUCCAUGGCGCUGGUAGCACACUUUCUGGCUACUCUGGCGGGCAACAGGGAGCCAGCGGUGAGCCAGGCGCUGGCUGUUCUCAAGCACUACUGGACACAGACAAUCAAGGACGACAAGUCCGUGGCCCUUUCUCUGCUGCCCGAGCACGUACGCUACUGCCGCAUACGGGCAUGCUUGUUCGACGAGAAGGCUGGCAAGAAGGAAGCGGACACUUACAAACGGCAGUUCAUGAUGGGCCCAUACAUUCAAGUGGUCACGAUCGAUGGUAUGUCGCUGGUGACGGCCCACGCGGCGUUGCAGGUGUGCAUUCGUCAGGAGAACGGCAAGAUCAAACCAGGGGCGGCCACCGAGGUGGCCUUGGAGAGGGACGCAGAAAGGCUGCUGGCGAAGUUCGGAAUG